AUGGUGGAAUCACUGGCGGAUUGUUCAUGUGGAUAUAAGCAAGUUGAGGACAAGCAAGCGAGUGCAAAGCUUGAUGAAUCUGAACUUAGACUGGCCCAACUUCAGCGUCAACUUCCCUCCAAUGAACCUGGUGCUUUGAUGCACCUUGUUGAAGAUGCUGCAGGCAAGGAUGAAGAUGACGAAGAAACGGGGGAAUGUAAAAAUAUCUUCAAAAAUAUUAAAUUCUUCUUGAGUCGUGAUGUGUGGGACUUAGAAAAGAAAAGUUCUUCCAAUACCAGGUGUGGGACUCAGAAUGUAUUGGUCGAAGGUAUUAUCGACCGGGCUGAAGCUAUUGAAGCUGCUGAGAAAAAGCGGAAGUCUUCUGUGUCAAAUACGAGUAAGCAGAAUUCUGCUGAUGACACAGAGGCUGGAGGAGAAUCUCUUCCUGAUUUACAGCAAAUUGCUGAGGAUGCUGCCAACAUUUCCAAGUUUGUGAUGUCACGUAAAAAGAGGAGGCUCUAUGAAGCAAUGCAGCGACCCACCACAGCUCUGUUCCUCUCUCACUCUCACGCCGCCCGCAGAGACGUCGCCAGCAACGACGAUUCUCACUCUCCAGGUGCUAUCGACCUUCACAAGCAGCAGAGGAAGAAGCCUAAGAAGUCUCUUCCCCACGUGUGUACAUGGAAUGAGACUCCAAAAUUUAAUAGUAGCGCUGUUGAGUUAGAGCCUCGAGAUUUCUGCAAUAUCAAGAAAGAUGUGAACUCAUGUUUAGUUAAUGAUUUUGGAGUUUCUUUGGUCGCUGCUUUUGUGGGUGUCUACAAAAUCUUGCAGCAUGUCGAGUCAUUUCAGAAGGAAAAUAAGCUUAAUCCACUGCCCAUUAUAUUGUGCGGUACACUUCACUUAACCCCCUGGGUGACAGAGUGUUGGUCAAGAUUAAGAUUGCAGAGGAGAAGUCUGGAGGUGGUAUCUUACGGCCAACAACGGCAUAAACAAAGCCCCAAGGAGGUGAGGUGGUUGCUGUUGGAGAAAAUCAGACACCAGCAUAAAGGUGGUAAUAGCAAAUGUCGUCCUCAAAGUUCAAUUGAAUGAAUGCAGAAGUCUUUGUCUUCGCGGGCCCACCAUGUUCAUGCUCCCACAGUGUUGAUUAUCAUGGAGUUGUCUACUCUAUAACUAAUAAAAAAAUCGUGUUAUUUUGGAUGUAUUAUAUUGGUAAACAUAUGAUAUGGUGGAUAUAUUAUGUGUAGUCUAAAUACGCUUAUGAAUUGUUUCUAAAAUUGCAUUGUGCACUCAAGGUGGUAUAUAAAAUUGUUAUGUGUUUGUAGUUUAUAUUGUGCAUUUUUAGAGUAGAUACCAACUCAAUUUCAAACUGUGAUGUGCAAUUGCGGUUGCUUCGUGUCCUUGGGCACGGGUUAUUGGAUAUGAAUAGUUUGAUUUUUGGGAAUUGUAAUAG